ACAGAGAGAUGGGAAUCGUUGGUAAUAUUCGCUUCCCUUCAGUGCUCAAAGUUCCUUUGGAUACGAAACUACACAACAAAUCAUUAUGGCGAUGUAUGGUUCCUCCUUCUUAUCUUAACUACCCCAUAAGGUUCACUCCAAUAUCUUGUAAGCUGCCAGAAAGUGGGACUGAGGACAAUCCCACCGCCACAAGCAAGAGCCUUUACAAGAGCAAGGACAGGAUGGAGGACUACAACGUCGCCAUGAAGAGAAUGAUGAGGAACCCUUAUGAGUAUCACCAUGAUCUGGGUAUGAAUUAUACUCUUAUCACGGACUACUUGAUUGUGGGCUCUCAACCGCAGAAACCGGAAGACAUAGAUCACCUAAAAAAUGAAGAGUGUGUGGCUUACAUUCUAAAUUUGCAACAGGAUAAGGAUGUUGAUUACUGGGGAAUAGAUUUACAAUCAAUAAUAAGAAGGUGUCAUGAACUUGAAAUUGGCCACAUGAGGAGACCGGCAAAAGACUUUGAUCCAGGGUCCUUGCGAAGUGAACUACCUAAAGCAGUUGCGUCCUUAGAAUGGGGAAUUUCUGAGGGGAAAGGAAGAGUUUAUGUACACUGUACUGCAGGGCUUGGAAGAGCUCCAGCGGUGGCAAUUGCUUAUUUGUUCUGGUUUUGUGGCAUGAAGCUAAAUGAAGCGUAUGAUAUGCUAACUUCAAAGAGACCUUGUGGACCAAAUAAAACAGCAAUACGUGGAGCUACGUAUGAUUUGGCUAAGAAUGAUCCAUUCAAGGAGCCAUUUGAAAAUCUUCCAGAAUAUGCAUUUGAGGAUAUAGCAGACUGGGAAAGAAACUUGAUCCAAAAUCGUGUCCGCUCCCUUCGUCAUACUUGACAACUUAGGCAAGUGUAUAAUAAUACUGCACAAGACUGGAUAUUUUUUCAAGCAUAUUCAUACUGAUAUUGGCAUAUAUAGCCAAUAACGUGUUUAAAAUAUUCAGUAUAGUAGAGAGUGGUAAUCAAUCAAUUCUGCGAAUAAUGCACACCAUAAUUGUAGACUUCUUCAUAAUAUCUGAGAAUGCAAAGUACUCAAUACUUUAGAUUUU